UCUCUCUCUGUGAAUGCAUAGAUGAUGAGAGGACCUUCGGCUAGUUGAUAAGGGAGGACAGAGCUGCUGGCAAAACAUCCAGACACACUACAGUCUGAUUUCUGCUCGCGGUAUGGACGGGCUGCAGGCGGAAAACGCUGGAGUUGGCGACAUCGGGGAAAACGCGGAGGAGAGGUAUCGCGCCUUAGCCUAUGACACUGCUCUGAGCACUUUGGUGGCAGUGGUUGUGUACGUGGUGGUGAAAGUGAGCCUGGACGGCAUCAGACAGUGGCGGGCCAGGAUCUCGGUGCUCAUCGUGGGGUCUGGACCCGUGGGGCUCACGGCCGCGCUGGUCGCUGUCCGCUCCGGUAAGGUGCUGAAACUGACCGUGCUGGAUGAGAGGUACCGCACUGCACUGCUCUGCCGGCCCCAGCAGAUCGCCCUGGAUCCCCGCAGCGUGAAGUUUCUGUUGGGACUCGGCGUGGACUUUGAUAACAUGGAGGGCUGCUGGCACAACGAACAUUUCUUCACCAGAAUAGGUGUGUUUCAGGAGUACCUGCUGAGUAUCUUGGAGCAGAAGAAACAGAAGGUGGACGUAAAGGUGCGGCUGGGGACCAAGUUUACCGAAGAGUACCUGAGGCGGAUCCCUCACAAUGACUGGCCACGUGUGAUCGUGGUGGCCGAUGGGUCGUGUGGCGACUCCUGCUCGGUGUUGGGCAUCAGCUCUGACUACACUGUGGAGUCCUGCCAUGCCUAUGGCGCUAAUGCAACCAUAGAGAGACUAGACCAGAGACAGGUACCCACUCCUGAGAUCCGUGCCCACAGCCUCUACUUUGACCUGUCUGCUUACGGAGUGGAGGCCCUCAGAGAGCACCGAAAUCCCGCAGCCAAACCUGGCUUCCACCUGAAGAUCUAUGGCACCUUCAGAAACCGCUACAUGGCCCUCGUGUGCCCCGCCUCUGACACCAAGAUGGUUCGCUUCCUCAGACACACCGCCAACUCAUCUAUCAUGAAGAACAUUUUCCACCAGUCCUUCAAUGCCUACAAGACGGACAUAGAGCCUCGUCUCAGUGAUGUGACGCUCCACCACAUGCAGUGCAGCCGCCGUCUCUUUGAGAUUCAGUUGUCACACAGACGCAUCAGUGCUGCCUACAUCGAGGGGGACAAUGUGGCGGUCACUGUGGAGGGGGAGGCAGCACGUGUCCUCAACUUUGACACAGGUUGUGGGGUGAAUCUAGGUAUGAGGGGCCUGGAGUCAAUGGGGACGUUCAUUUACCGCACAGCCACCGCUGUGGACCAGAAUGAUAUUCUAGAGGCGCUGUCGGCUAAAAUGCAGCACUCCAGACAAGUGGCUGAGACCUUCAAGCACACAGGCCUGGCUGGAUCAAUGUAUGAAUGACACAGCUGGACGAACCAGUGUAUGCAUACUGCCACCUAGUGGAAAGUGGUGGCAGGUUAUUUGUGUUUACAGUGAAUGUUUACAAUGAAUCAUGAGUCUGAUGCUGAAAUGGACCACUAAUGGUUACGUACUGAGUGGAGCUGAAAGAGUGUGAGCUGUGAACAGCUGACAAAAGAUAAUGGACGUAUACUUGUGAUCGUGAGUCUUUGUGACCUACUGUGAGUGCAUCUGCUCGUAAUAGAUGGAGGGAGCAUGAGUAAGGCCACUUUAGGUAGUACUUGUUAAUAGAGCAAACUGUGGCAGAAAGAGAUACAUAAUGUCUUACUCCUGCAAUGAAACCACAUACAUUAACUAGGACACUGCACUUGGGUUUGAGGCUUCUCUGUAAAGCGCGAGAAUGUAUGGGAAAGAGAUCUAGCCCUAAGGGGAAAGGAGUAGUUAAGGGUUAAAAGAAAUCUGUCAUCUUCAUCAUUCUCAUCACUGGCCUUUUCUUUGUUUAUCAGGGAGAGUAUUGACCUGAAUUCCAAAAUCUUGCCAAUCACGGUGCUACAGGAAGGACUGUGCCAUAGCAUCAUCAGCUAGAGUUGAGAAAUGUAUUAAACCGUCCGUGAUGUAGUAGAGGAUGAAGUGAGGAGGAAGCUGCUCCACAGUGUUAUUAUCAUCAAGCCUUUUGUCUUUGUGUUUGUUUGACAAUGUGGUGAUUAUUGUGCUAAUGGCAUUCUGAAAUAUUUGUUCUAGUGGCCUAUUUUGAGUGCUGCAUUGUAAAUUAAGAUUUUUUUGGGAUACUUCAUUAAUGUAGGCUACUGCAAGAACAUAAUGUGCCAAAUGUAUUAUUAAAAUUUAAUUUU